CUUUGCACUCGAGGGAAGCCCCGCUGCAAUGCGUUGCCCGUGAAUGCAGGGAGGGGAACCUCUCCGAAGCCACCCGUCCUCCCUCGCCAUCCCGUCGCGCGCGCCCGAGAGAGAGAGAGGAGGGAGAGAGAGCGAGCGCUCAUUUCUCGCAUUGCCUCCUGCCGCUGUCACAGCGGCCAGCAGCAUGGGCGAGGAGCUCUCGGCACCUCGUCGUCUGCCGCCCCUGCAGAUGAAGAUCAUGCCGACGACGGCGACGACGAAGAACAAGAAGGUGACGACGGUGGUGACGAUGAGCGUGCAGCUGCUACUGCUGCUCCUGCUGCUGCCGCCACCGCCCUCGGACGCGCUCUCUGCGAGUCGCUCCACGCCCCCGGGCUGGGAGAGCGGCUACGUGUUCUCCCCGCCCGCGGGGCUGGUGCGCAGGCUGGCGGGCAGCGGCGACGCGCCGGGUGACACGGCCCGUGCCGAGCUGCUGCUGCAGGAGCCCUGCAGCCCGCCGGCUCCCGCGCCGGGCGACGCGGCGGCUGCAGCGGCGGGGUCUGCCGCACGGACCGGCUCGUCAUCAGCCUCAUCCUCAUCGGGGACGCUCCCAGCGGUGUCCGAGCGCACGGUGCUGCGCGGGUACCCGCUGCCUCCCCCGAUAUGGUUCCGCGGCCGCAUCGGCAGGGUGGUCACUCUGACGGUGCCGAGCGACGCGCUGAAGAGGUGCGCGGCGGGGAACGCGACUUCUGCGGCCGGACGAGGAGCCGCAGGGGGGGCCGAAGGGGCACCGGGAGCUACAGCAGGAACGGGGCCCCUGGACGUGACCGCCCAGCUCAUGGAGGCCGUGCGGGGCAUGGACCCCCGUGUCCGUCUCACGCUGCGUCUGAGGCCGCGGCCCGCGUGGAGGCACGUGCACACGCAGCCGCUGCUCGUCAUCACCACCACCACGGAGAACAACUCUAAGCUACAGGAUACAACCGGCACGCGCAAUAAAGCCUGGGUGCCCUCCGGAGAGAUGUGGGCACAAGGGGGCCACGACUGCGACUUUGACUCGGGCGGGUGCGUAUGGUCUCUCCGCGGAGACAGCGGCGUCUCGUGGAAGGUGGUGUCUCCACGGGGGGUGCCCCCCGCACGCCGGGUGCUGCUGCCCCCGCGAGAUUUCACCCAGGGCCGUCCGCAAGGCCGCUUCCUGCUGAUGGACUUCACCCGGGCGUCAUUACCCAAUGCGUCCGUCCUGCUGCUCAGCCCCGAGUUAAACCUCGGUGCGGCCUCCGAGUCCACCUCGGUGGGCCACCCUCAGGCUGCUGCAGGAGCUCUGCCUGGAACUGCGGGAGGUCCUGUUGGUGCUGCAGCAGACCAUCCUCCUGCUGCUGCUGCUGCUGCGGCGAGAGGCAACACUGCUGCAGCGAGCGUGGGCGAUGAAGGCGGCGGUGGAUGCCUACUGCUGCAGUUUGCCGCGCGCCUCACUUGCAGCCACAGCCAUUGUGGUCAACUCACCAUGUCCGUGCGGCAGCCCGCGCGUGAAGUCCAGGGAGGUGGCGAGGAAGAGGAGGAAGAGGAGGAGGAGGAAAAGGAGGAAGAUGACAACGACGAUGACGACGACGACGAUGACGACGAUGACGAAAAUGACAGCGGGGUUAGGAAAGAGGAUCGGCGGCGGACGGACGAGCAGAAGGAGUUUAAGGAGGGGGAGGCCCAGUCCGUGCCCGUGCACAUGUCGUCACACAGCUCCGGUUGGACGUUGGUGCGCGGUGUGGUGGGGCGCCCAAGAGGUCCCUUUCACAUCGGCCUGCAAUGCACUUGGGGCCCGAGGGAGCAGCAACAAGGGACCCCGCGGAGGCCUGAGGAUGGGCAGCUGCUGCCCACGGCGCAGACGCCACUGCUCAGGGAACGCAGUUCAGCACUCGUGGCCCUUGAUGGCAUCACCUUGCGGUGGUGCCCGCAGCCAGGGUCCUGCUCGCUGGAAGAGAGCAGUUGCAGUGCGCCGACUGCCCCGAGUAAAAGCGACGGGACUCGGGAGCAGGAGGUCGCAAAGAUGGCUGCACCAGUGAGACCGCAAGCACAGAAGAGUCGUCGAUCGGUGGACAUGGAUUUUCAGGACUCGAAGCUUGAUGGCCUCGACUUGGAGCUGGAGCUGAACUCCACUCAGAUCAAGGACAACACGCUCCAGUGGAUGUUCAAAACAUGCGGCGCGAGUGGGCCGCUGGGGCCCACGCAGGUGCAGUGCGACAACGCGUACCGCAACACGAACAUAACGGUGGAGGUGCCGCGCUCGGGGUCCUUCCGCGGCGUGCAAAUUUGGCGCGUCCCGUUCACCAAACACUAUCAGAUUUCGGCGUACGGUGCAGCUGGAGGGAAAGGCGCCAGAAACAACAAACAGCGUGCGCACGGCGUUUACAUCUCGGCCAACUUCAUCCUGCACAAGGACGAGAUCCUCUACAUGCUGGUGGGACAGCAGGGAGGCGACGCGUGCCCUUCGAUUGACCACCAUGUGGACCAGGUUUGCCGGGGAGAGUCCACCGUUAUAGAAGACGAGAAAAGGAGAGAGGGCAAAGUAUCGAAGUGGGCGGGAGGAGGCGGGGGUGGCGGCGGGGGCACGUUCGUGUUCAAGAUGCAGGAUGGGGUAUGGAUACCCCUGUUGGUGGCGGCAGGGGGCGGAGGCCAAGCCUACAGGGAGGAGGGCCGCCCGGACAAGAUAGUGGACGAUCCAUUCGAGGGCAACCUGUCCGUGCCAGGCGUGAAUGGGCACACGGGGGCUGCCGGAGGCGGAGGAGGGUGGUACGGCCACGUGGGCCCUGCCAGGUCGGGCCGCUCGCUGAACCAGGGGGGACAGGGUGGCUCUGCGUGCCCGGAGGCCCUCGUCAACUGGGCCUGGGCCACUUCGGGCGGCUUCGGAGGCGGCGGCGGUGCCUGCAGCGCCGGGGGCGGUGGCGGCGGCUACAUUGGAGGGGACUCGGCCUCCGACAACAACAUCAUGGCCGACGGGGAGAGCGGCGUCUCCUUCAUGCACCCCGACGGAGGGCUCUUCACCAUGCCCCUGGCGAUAAUGGAGAGGGACGGCGAGGUGGUGGUGGAGGAGUACCUCAACUGCAGCCACUGCGAGUCCAAGUUGUGCAAGCGCGACUCGGACGAGCACGACAGCAUCGUGUGCCACUGCCAGGAGGGCGUGCUCGCCAGCGACGGCUUCUCCUGUUCCGUCACGACCCGGCCACCGCGAGAAAAUGACCCAUCCCAGCACGCCGGCAUGCCCCUGUCGCUGGCGCUGUCCGUGGUGACACUGGCAACGGCCGCCGUGCUCGUCCUCACCUGCUCGGCCAUCAUGAUCGUGUACCGGCGCAAGCAGGCGCAGCUGCAGGCCGUGCGCAUGGAGUUGCUGAGCCCAGAUUACAAACUGAGCAAGAUCCGCACCUCCACCAUCAUGACCGACUACAACCCCAACUACUGCUUCGCCGGCUCGCCCGCCGCUCUCAGUGACCUCAAGGAGGUUCCCCGAAGGAACAUCAACCUGCUCAGGGCUUUGGGCCACGGUGCAUUUGGCGAAGUGUACGAGGGGCGCGUGACCGGCAUUGAGCCAAGUCCUCUCCAGGUGGCCGUCAAGACACUGCCCGAGAUUUGCUCGGAACAGGACGAGCUGGACUUCCUCAUGGAGGCUCUGAUCAUCAGUAAGUUCAACCACCACAACAUCGUGCGCUGCGUUGGGGUCAGCCUGCAGACCCUGCCGCGCUUCAUUCUGCUCGAGCUCAUGGCCGGCGGAGACAUGAAGACUUAUCUGCGAGAGGAACGGCCCAGGGCGGGCCGCAGCUCCUCGCUUGUCAUGCUGGAUCUGCUCACCAUGGCCAAGGACAUCGCGUGCGGCUCCCAGUACCUGGAGGAUAACCACUUCAUACACAGGGACAUCGCGGCCAGGAACUGCCUGCUCACGAGCAAGGGCUCGGAUCGCAUCGCCAAGAUCGGGGACUUUGGCAUGGCUCGUGACAUCUACCGAGCCAGCUACUACCGCAAGGGUGGUCGUGCCAUGCUGCCAGUUAAGUGGAUGCCCCCGGAGGCCUUUCUGGAGGGCAUCUUCACAUCCAAGACAGAUACAUGGUCGUUUGGGGUGUUGCUGUGGGAGAUCUUCUCCCUGGGCUACAUGCCCUACCCGAGCAAGAGCAACCAGGAGGUGAUGGAGUUCGUCACAAGCGGUGGCCGCAUGGACCCACCAAAGAACUGCCCCGUGCCCGUGUACCGGAUCAUGACUCAGUGCUGGCAACACCGACCAGAGGACAGGCCCAACUUCUCAACCAUCCUGGAGCGAAUCACUUACUGUACACAGGACCCGGAUGUGGUGCAGACCCCACUGCCAACUGAGUACAUGCCACCUCCGGAUGACGAGGGCAACACUGUGAUGCGUCCUCCCAACCCAGACCGGGUGCCCCCACUGCCCAUGAGCGGCCCACUUGAGGCAGCACCCUUUGCUGCCCCUCCACAGCCUGCCCGGCCCAGUCCCACGCACCACCAGGCUGGCCAUGAUCCCAGGAACCCGGGUAACCAGCAGCAGCAGCAGCAACACCAAUCUCACCAGCAUUAUCCACUUCAACAGCAGCAGCAACAGCAGCAGCAGCACCUCAAGAAACUGCAGCAAGCCACGGCCAUCCUCUCGCACCCUGGUCAGCCAGCUCCUGGCCAGGCGAACGGCAACAACCUGUGGAACCCGACCUAUGGAUCUUGGAUGACCCCGGCUGCCAAGGAGGCUGCUUUCAAGGCAGGAACGUUGGAGCUAUCGCAGGGCCACGGUCCGCUGUCGCCUCCCUGCAACUACGCGUCAGUGGCGCCGCGUUCAGUGGCUUUUGUGCCGCCUGAGCGCGAGGACUCGGGCUUCGAGGGGGGCGCCGCCACUCCGACGGUAGCGCAACCACAGCAGCAGCAGCAGGCAGCCGAGCAAGUAGGCGGGCCGCCACAGGGUGGCAAUGCAGCUGGGGUGGCAGCCGAGGAUGGCUACAAGCAGGCGGGAUACGCGCGGCAGGAAAAGCACCUGCCAGGCAUCAGCACGGCUCGCACGGCGCCCUCCACCCGGGACUCGGGCCUCUCCCUGGGCGAGGGCUGCAGCGUGACGACGCUCUAACCAGCCGCGCCGCUGUGCUCUCAACUGAAGCUAUUAUGCCAGUGUACACCACAGUGCAGCUUAAGCGUGUUAAGUUUUAAAUAUUAACGUUACAUUUGAGGUGAGGUUCUAUUUUUAAGUUAAUUGGUACGAGGCGAAUAGAAAGCCCAGGUUAGCGAUGCCUCCCAAAUAGUGGUGAUGUCACACUGGGCAAUUACUCUAGCAGAUGCUACAGAACUUCUUCUGGGGGUAUCUUAAUUAGGCCUCUCUUACCCAACACUAGAUGGCACUUGUUGAUGUUAUAUAUAUAGAAUUGUUCACCACAUGUCUGUCAGAGUUCAUGUGCAUUUACAAACGUCGCCUUUGGAGAUGGACUGUAAAGAUCACCAAUACGCUCGACACAGGGACUUAGAUUAUUAGAUUAAUCUCGGGAUUGAACCCUGGUUAUUAGUGGUGCCCGAUGUGUGCUCUGACAAGGGUAUUAAACCCCUCCAAGCAACCUUUUCACCCCUCUGGUUAUAAAAAAUAAAAUAGCGUAACAGUAAGUCAUAUAUUUUUCAAAGCAGUGUUUAAAAAAAGAAGGCAUCACAUAUAGCAUAUAGUUUUUCAACUUUUCUGGAGAAAAAAAUACUGAUACAAAUUGGUACGGCUAGGCUCUUAUUUUUGCUUAAAUGGAUAAUAUUAUCAUGUUGUGAAAACGUGCAGUGUUCUACUCUUAGGAAUAGGAAUAUAUCCUGACGCACUGAAUAGAGGGAGUUGUGUUGUAUUAUAUUCUACAUAGUUUCCCAAGUAUAGCCUAAUGUACAUUAGAAAACACGUAGCGUCUCCAUUUUAACAUGUGGUCGUUGAUUGAACGUUGUCCUUAGUACUGAACUGUAAACAUAAAAGUUAAGAUAAGCUGCAUGUAUUGUCUGUCAAAUGUACAUAGAUUUUAGACAUGUCAACAAACCUCACUUCAAAGCAUGUUCUUCCCUUUAUUUAGCAAUCAUCAAAAUAGCACCCAAACGAAACCCUUGCGGAGUUUAUUGCAGCAACACAACCCCACUAAAUGUCUACGUACAAAUGUGGGAUGCUGUUCAAUGGGAUAACAUUUCCAGGAUACAAUGUGGGGCUACACGUGACAAAAGUGGUACAGUCCAAAUUGAACACCACCGAUAGGCAAAGUGGGACACUCCAUAUUAAACACCCCCCCCCCCCGUGCCAGUAAUGACGACACAAGGGCUCCUGUGGGAUGUUAAAUCGGGACCGUUUCCCACUUACUACAUUGGAUGGCACACUGUUUAGAGCGCUCAGCUUGCAGUCAGUCAUUUUAUUGAGUCCUCUGCAAGUCUAUAAAAUGAGAACUGCUUUGUCGGAAUUACAACGGUGGCUAUUCCAUCGAGAAGCUGAAAUUCCUACCAAUGGCUCAAGUCUGCCAAUGGAUGUAGGUGCUCUCCCUGUGCUCAUUUCAACUUGGAGACACUUUUGUCAUUUGGGAAUCAAGAUUGGGAAUUCUCCUUGCGUUAAAUCCCACUUGAAAUUUUUAAACCUCCAACAAUGCCGCUGAUUUCCUUCUCCUCACAGCUCUAGUGUUGAAACAGACCAUCCUAACAAUGUAAACACUUGGCAAGGCAUACAAAACACAACGCCACUAAAUUGCAGAAAAUCCAUGUUUUGUUUCCGUGUGUCUACAUAAACAUCUAUACCCUGUCACGAAAAACAUGUCCACCUAUUUACUGCGCCGCUCGCUGUUACAUUUUGUUCGUGACCUGUACAAAAACAAAACACUGCUCAACAUUAAUUUCAUGCCAAGUCUGUUGACGACGAGCCUGCUUUACUAAAAAUGUAAAUGCAAACUUGAACUCUGUUGCUAUGGUCGACUAAUGCGUUGGACUGUGCUGAAGACGAGACUCCAUUGCAUGCUACCUAAUAAAAAAAAAACCUCUUGGCAUUCACCGUUUGCUAUGCACGUGUCUUCCUAGUUAAACCCCCCCGGCACAGGGUUAUAAACGCGAGUAUCAGG